AAUAAUACUGUUAAAGUUCAGUGUAAAACAAAAAUAAAGUGGCCAAUAAGUGCAUAAUGCAGAACAAAAAAUCAACUGCAACCCCCACUACGUGUCCAAAAACGAUUUCCACCACGGAGGAAGAUAUUGAAUAUGUUUUCAAAAUAUGUCGUACAAUCACAACAACGAUUUUUCUCUGGCCUAACGAUUCUUCUACUCGUACACGCCAUGUUAUUAGAUUCAUCGCUAAGUUAACCGUCCUUUCUCUCAUAACUUUUGGAUGCGUGAACAAUAUUUUGCAAACUGUCUUAGUGAUCAGAAAUCUGGCAGAAAUAAUGAUCGGCAUAGGUUUUAUAAAUUUGGGAGUGGGAGGAGCAUUAAAGUUUCUUAUACUUUGGAUUCGCCAAAAGGAUUUCGAAACGUGCAUAAGAUAUGUCAAGGAAGAUUGGGAGAAUUGUGAAAAUACGAUUCAACGAGAAAUCAUGUUCAAAUAUGCAAAAAAAACAUAUUACUUUUCAUUUAUCAGUGCAACGAUUAUUUUUGGCACUGGAGUUAUAUUUUUUGUGAUAAAACCUAUCGCAGAGGGUGUUACUGUUACGAUAAUGAAUGAGACCAUACGAUUGUUUCCAUCCCCUACUUAUGGGGAUUACAAAGUAUAUAGUCCCUUUUAUGAAAUUCUUUACUUGGUGCAAACUAUAAUAAUAUUUAUAAAUUUUUCAACCAAUACUGCAGCUUUCGAUAUAUUUUCCUUAUUUACGAUUCACGCUUGUGGACAGUUCGAGUUGAUAGUUUUUAAAUUGAAUACAUUUUUAACUGAUGCAUCAAAGGAGCAGAGUAAAUUGAAUGAAAAAUUAAAUCUUAUCUUUAAGCAGCAUUUGCGCAAUCUCAAAUUCAUUGAGGAUUUAAAAAUUUUGGUAAAUGAAUUCUGUUUUAUUGAAGUCGUUAACUAUAUUUUUGAGAUAUGUCUCUUGAGCUACAUUAUUAUUAUGAUCGCGGAUGAUACUGAAUUGAUGAUACUGCUCUCUUUUUUUUUAACAUCUUAUAUAUUCAAUAUAUUUGUAUAUUGCUACGUAGGAGAACUCCUGACGACAAAGGCCAUAAGUGUUGGAGAAUCCGCAUACUCGAGUGAAACUUUUUUUCUACCUAAAAGUAUAAAUCUAGAUUUUAUUCAUUUGAUAAGAGCCGCGCAAUUUCCAUCUAAAAUUGCAGCUGGAAAGUUUUUUGUACUAUCGAUGGUAACAUUUAACACAAUAAUGAGAACAGCUAGCGUGUACUUCAAUUUUCUGUUGAAAAUGACUCAAUGAGUUUAAAAAAUAUACAGCACACAAAUAUUAAUGAGAUGAACACUUAUUGAUAUUUAAGUAAGUAAUUAUAGAGUUUAAAACUAUCAUUAAAUUAGUUUACUAUA